UACGCGAAUCUGUGACAAAUACGUCACUUUGACAGACACUCGCCAAAUUUAACAAUAGUGAAAAGUAGUACAAAUAAUAAACAGAGCUAUAAUAAAUAAAAUAUCGAAAUGACUGCCUUGGACGACUUGCCGGAGGUGGAAUCAUUUUUUGGGAUUGAUUUGAAAACAGGAUCCAUGAUCAUUGCUGCUAUUGGCGUGGUGCAUCCGAUGGCAUACGGUUGUUCAUUCUUUAUGCCAAUGAGCUACCUGCUCGUCACCAUUUGGAUUCUCGUCGCGUUGUUCUUUGCAUCCAGUAUCGUUUUGUUUUGUGGUCUUGCAAAGAAUGACGCUCUCCUCUGCACAAUCUGGGUCUGGUACGCCGUCAUCUUCGUGGUCAUAAUGCUGAUGAUGAUGAUACUCCUUGCUUUGGUCUUCACAUCGAGGAAACAGAGGAGCAGAGUGUUUGUCGUCAUAAUGGGAAUACUUUGGUACAUAUUAACUAUCUACUUCAUACUGGUUGUCAACACACAUCGUAAAAGGCUCGGGGAAGCAGAAGCAAAUAACUCGACGGAGUUAAAAGAUCUGCGUAAAGCUAACGCCAUAUAUAAGGAGGACAAUGAAUAGCUUAUUUAUUGAAA